ACAAAGCAAAGUCAGCUGCUCUUCAUUCGCAUUUGCACACAUAUUUUGUGUUUGUUUUUGUAAUAUUAAGUUUCUAUGGUGUUUACAAACAUUUGGUUAAAUACUGGAUUGCAAUUUGCAAAUAAACAAUUAUAAUUUGUGCCGUAAGAAGAAGACAAAACCACUUUCCUGCAACGUGCCACUUAACUAUUCAAAUUUCUCGUAAAGAGGCUUAAUUUUGAACGGAUUUAUAAUUUAUAAUUCAAAAUCAUCAAACAAGUUUUAUAAAUUAUCGUGAACGAUAAAGUACAAAAUAAAUCUGCAUUUAUCAUUUCAUUUUCAUGAACAACGGAACUAAGGGGGGAAAGUUUUUGAGCUGACCAUAAAGGUUGUUUUAACUGUUUAAGUAAAAGUGCAGUGCAUCGAUACGAUGGAAAACUUUCACUGUCUCCUGUGCUUAUCUAGUCUAGACAAAGAUAUCCCUUGUUCAACCAAGUCGUCGAUAAAGGAACAAAUUGUACGACUUUAUGACCUCCUCGUUCCCGAGUACCACACUUCCACCCCCCAUCAGACCAUUAUUGCACAAUGCGACGGCCACGAUAUAUUCAAACUGUGCAAAAACUGUUCCUUAUCAGCGAAGGAAAUCGAGAAAAUCAAGCAACAGCUAACCCAAUUGGAGAAAAAAAUUGCGAGGAAAGUAGAAGAAUUGAGAACAGUCGUGUCAAAUUCUUUCUCAAAAGAGGAAAAAAUUGAGGAGAGUUUACAAAGUAUUCGAAAGUCAUUACUACUUUCAUCAGGCUACGAAGAUAGUAAUCCCCACAUUCUCACUGAUUUAAAAGUCAAACCAGAACCAGACGAAGAUGUCCCCAAUUAUGAAGAACAAUUGCCCACGACGUCGUCCCCAACACCUACAAAUCAAUCAGAUGAUCAAGACGACCCACUUUUCAGUUUAAAUGAUGCUGAGGAAAUUAGCGACUCCUCCUCUGACGAUGGUUCGCCCAGCAGCGACGCAUCUGAUUUUUACAUUACUCCAGAUAACACUAAUAAAGAUAAAAAAAAUAAACGCACUACGAAAUCCGACUCGAAAAACGAAUCCUCUUCGCCCCCUCCAAAAAGAAAACGUAUCAGAAAAUAUGUCCCAAAACGUAAGAAAUAUGACGAAUCCUGCUACACCCUUUCCUGUGCCGUAUGCUCCUCCAAAUUUCGAAAAGAACGCCACCUCCGCCUCCACUUGCGCCAAGAACACAAAGGAUUUUGCCAAUUCCAGUGUCAAAUCUGUCAACACAGGCAUGACACCCAAACACUUUUGGACUCUCACAUGAUCGUGCGACAUGAAAGCGAGGAAAAAUCUUUUUUCUGUACAAAACCAAAAUGUGGGAAAGGUUUCACACUCGAGGUUAACUUUCUGAGUCACAUGGAGCGACAUAAACUCGAUAAGACCAAACCCGUCGUGUGUACCGUGUGUGACGCCAGAUUUGCAAAUCAAGCCUAUCUGGAGAAACAUAACGUGAUCCAUGUUACGAGCUGGAUGUGCGAAACUUGUGGGGCGCAACUUGCCACUAGAGACGCAUUUCGAAGACACGUUCGCCUCCACUUGGGAGAGAAACCUUACAAAUGUGACCAAUGCGAGGAAUCAUUUGCAUACCUAAAUGCCAGAAAAUUGCACAUGCUCCGUGCCCACGCUCCUCAGCGUCACAUUUGCCACAUUUGUGGGAAGACAUUCACCCUCAAGCAAUACUUAAAAACACAUAUCGACAAAGUCCACGAAAAGGUGAAGAAACACGAAUGUGUUGAAUGUGGCGAAAAAUUUUGUACUUUGGAACAUCUUAGAGCACAUAACGUCCGGGAGCACAAUGCUGAGCCGAUAGUUUGUGAUGAGUGCGGUGCCACGUUUGCGUCAAGAACUUUGCUCAAAUGCCACAAAAUCAGGCACAGCGGGAUCAAAAAGCACGAGUGCAGUGUUUGUGGGGCCCGAUAUUACACAAAGAAAGCAUUAGAAGCACAUCAGACUUCCCAUUCGGACGUUAGAAAUCAUAUUUGUCACGAUUGUGGGGCCGCAUUCAAAACCAGGAUUAAUUUAAUGCGUCACUUGAAGAACGUGCAUGGGAUUUUUGGAGCAAAAAGGGGGGCGGGUGGGACAACUAAAAAAUCGAAACUUGGUACACAAGGUCAAAAGGUUACACGCGGGGAAGUAAGGGAUCCAGCUAUGUCGCAUGUUGGAGUCAAUUUGGAUGCGUUUUGUUAAUAAUUGAAAGUUUAUUUCAAAAGUUUAAUGCAUUAAUAAACCCGUGGGUUCGAUUUCUGCGUCUGUCCCGGGAACCGGUGUACACCCCGUCCCGGAAAAUGGCGGACCCUAAAAAAAAAAAAGGUCCGCCAGUCUGCAGUCUGUCGAAACUAUCACUGACACCCCCCCCCCCCGAGUCACCUGCUAUGGUUUGAGGCUUAUUUUGAUGGAUACUUCAGGAGUCCCCUCUAUCAAAACAAAUUGCGCUCUUCAAGGUCUGGCGCAGUUAUCUCGAUUUUGCACCUGAUUAUUUUUAACUUACAUACUUACAAUGGAGGCGCAACCCAUGUUCAGGGCAGAUUGUUUUUUGACCUUAUUAGUUUGAAAGAUCAAGUCUUUAGGAACAACAUUUGGUUCGGCACAUGCACAAAAUUCAGCACGUUAUGAGCGUCGCAAGUUCGCAAAAACGCAUGAUUUUUCGUGCAGCGCGAGCUCAACUUUUUUCUGUCUCUCUCGCUCGCUCUCUCAUUCCACGCAAGGACAUUGACCCCGCAGCCCUUCAUCAUCAGAAUUUUUCAUCAAUAAUUCCGCAUUGUUGUAUUUUUAACUACAAAUUUUGGAAUUAUUCGCAUAAUUUCGUAAUUUUGUAAGAUUUUUUUUUCCAUAAUGGAAACCAUCAAUAUCGCUUGUUUUGUCUUUUUCUGUUGCCAAAUAACCCAGUUUAUCGAAUUUCGAAAAACUAAUUAAAUCACUGAAAAGCCCAUGAAAUUCUCUGUAUAAGGAACAUGAUUCACUUUUUAAAGUGUCAAUCUUAUAAGGCUAAGCGAGCCCGCAGUCUUGGUGUCCACCACUCGAUCGAAGUACGCACGCGUUCCCGGGAAGAUUGGCCCCACAUCCUGACAACAGAAUUUUUUAUGGAUUCCAAACUUGUGUGAAGUUGAGCACAUACACCCAGCUAAAGUUUGAAAAAUAUGUCAUAGUCCAGCAGGUUUAAGUUCGGCGACCUUGAAUUUUUUUCUUGAUCCGAAAUGGAGUCAGGAAUUGAUUUUAACCACCGAAUUGCUAUCUUGGCCAUAUGAACAGGACCUGAGCGCUUGUUGAAUGUUACGUCGCUAUUUUUGAAUAGGUAAUAGUUCAGUGUUUCCACAAUUCGCUCGAGAACUUGAAAAAACAAUUUUGACACGCAUUUUCACCCCCUGCUGAGAAAAAUCACUUUUUCGACCCAAUCCAAGUUAAGUCCAAUAAAAAAAUCAUAAAAGCAGGAUGGUGGGCCCCAUCAAAAUUUUUGAAAUUUUAAUGAAUAGCCUAGACCGGUGGGGUGCAGAUAUGGUAUUUUUGCUAUUUUAUUUACCCUCAGCCAUAAAGGUGGGCUCAUUUUUUAAAAAUAUCGGUUUCCAUUUUUCAAGCGCGUACCGCGUGAUCAGCACAGAUUCUGAUGGGUCUGUUUUCACUUGGCGUGUAUCUAACAAGUAGUUCUCCUCAAACCUUGAAGACAUAUAAGUCUAAGGUUUACAUUAAGGGCCCGAGACUUACUUUUACUUGAUCCCUUCAUUUGAGGCUCAUUCCAUUUGUAAGCAACACGUUUGAUCGAGUACCAGAAAAUAGAGGUGCUAAACCCUGCUCGCUGGUGGUGGCUGCCUGACCAUGUAUUUUCCUCUCUUUGAUAUGAGAACACCACACAACUUAUGCUUUGUCAAUGUUCCCGGCCACGUAGGAACACAGAAUUAUUUACUACUGUCUACACAAGCAGCCCAUGUUAAUUUUACCUUUUCGAAAAAUCGCCAAAACUCCAAGACGGACAAAAAUCGCGUGGGGUUUUAAACUUUUUUAUUUCCUUAGGCCCAAAGGCAUCGAUUGGCUUAUCUCUCUAUGAGCGAUUCUUGUCCGUCUUCUCGAUAAUCGAGUUUUUCAAUACAUUAUAAAUUUUUGAUUUUUUUGAAUAUUUGAAUUUUUGAAAAUUUUUCCUAUCAAUGAAUGAUCAAUGAAUGAAAUCUGUAAAUGUAACCUACCCCUUGAACCAACACUUUGGCGACGAAAGCAUUUUCAAUGCAUUUGCAAAUUUUCUUUGAACUGCUAUAUCUUUGCGAAAAAAAUUAAUUUUCAAAUUUUGAUUUUUAUGAUAUGUUUUAUUUUAUAUUAUGCAUCUAUGAUAAGAUUGUGGACAAGAUAUCAAAUAUGGGUGCGACGACGAUCGUGUGGGUUCAGAUGGAAUGAGCCUUGAGAGGGAAAUUUCCUUAUGGCUCGGCAUGGAUUCGGGCGAAUCCAGUUUUUUUGCGCCUUGAAACAUGAACCUUAGAAAUCGGGAGAUCAAACCCAACCCGUUUGUAGGGCUUGGGUUUCUAAGUUCUUCGGGUACCUUAAAAAUUGUAACCAGAUUGUGAGGUUAUGUAUUGCGAGCCCUGCAAAAUUUUGCCAAACACCAAGUCCUGCAAAUGUUUUUGAAAUGAAAUUUUCAAAGACAUUGAGGCGGAAAUAUUUUUAUUUUAUUUUAACAAGUAUGUUCAUAGUCAUAAUUUUCUAGUUCAGCCUUCCUAGAUAUUUGGAGCUUGUGAGCGAAGACCAGAAACGUUUACUUGUUUUUUGGUCACCACUAUUAACUCAUCAUCUCGUUAGGGUUUGAAAAAGUUCAAUAAUAUCUAGUCUAAAACUGCACAGAAUUUCACGUUGGCACGGGUCCACUUGUGCCCACUACUAGCUCUGCCACUCGCCACAACCAUGUCAUUAUGAUAAAAAUCCAUGGCAAAAUUUGGUAACUUUACUUUGAUUUUAUAAUCGAAAUUUUAGUGAAAGUGAAAAUAUGUAUACCGACCAUACAACAAGGCGAGGGCAAAAAAUAAAAGAUGCUUAAUUUGAUGCAAUUUGUUUUGUCUCAACAAACUCCCAGGAGUUUUCCUGAAAUUUAAAUAUUACUUUAUAACAUGAAAUUGGUCAUUUUGAGAAAUACAAAAAGGUGCAGGUGUUUAAAUUGUA